AUGGUACUAGACCAGUUCGUCAACUACUUCUCAACCUCCGAACCGAGCUCCGCGUACCACAGCAAUGGAAGAGAGGGAAUGGCCUACAAGAUGGAGGGGUCGGUCGCCGCGGGGCCGAUCGAGGCGAUGGAGCAUCGAGCGGAGGGGGACGUAGACCUGGAAGAAGCGAGGCCACCGUACAUUCAUGCAAUGCUCGCCGGCGGUCUCGGAGGCCUGACAGGCGAUAUGCUGAUGCACUCCAUGGACACCGUUAAGACGCGUCAGCAGGGCGACCCGCACAUGCCACCGAAGUACAGAUCCAUGGGCAGCACGUACUACACCAUCUGGCGGCAGGAAGGUAUCAGAAAAGGUCUAUACGGAGGCGUCAAACCAGCCUUUCUCGGCUCCUUCACCGGCACCGUAACCUUCUUCGGCACGUACGAAUGGAGUAAACGGCUCAUGAUUGACAACGGCGUUACGCCGAGCAUCGCAUACCUCACGGCGGGCUUCAUCGCCGACCUAGCCGCCUCGCCUUUAUAUGUCCCUUCCGAAGUACUCAAGACGCGGCUACAACUCCAGGGCCGCCACAACAAUCCUUACUUCCACUCCGGCUACAACUACCGUGGCACCCUACACGCAGCGCGCACCAUCUACCGGACGGAGGGCCUCAGCUCCCUCUUCCACGGCUACAAGGCCACUCUAUGGCGCGACCUACCAUUCUCCGCGCUACAAUUCGCCUUUUACGAGCAAGAGCAGAAAGCAGCAAAAGCCUGGGUCGGCUCCAAAGACAUUGGCCUCCCGCUCGAGAUCCUCACAGGAGCGACAGCCGGCAUGAUGGCAGGCGUCCUGACCUGCCCCCUCGAUGUCGUCAAAACCCGCAUACAGACGCAACACAACCCCAUCUCAUCACCCGUCCCCUUCGCGCCUGAGAGCCUGAAGAAGGUUCCCUCUGGCACUUACCAACCAACACCUCCUGCUCCGAUCUCGCCAGCCCUCGCCCAAAAACACCGAUCGCCGACAACCAUGCCACCACAACGCCCCGGCAAACCGCCGCCCAGCCGCCCGAUUUCGACAUCCGGGGCAUCUACGUCACUCAAGCAGCACUCAGCCGCCAGACUCGAUGCCUCAUCCGUGAUUGCAGGCCUGAAAGAAAUCUACCGCACCGAAGGUCUGCCCGGCUGGUUCCGCGGUGUCGGACCCAGAGCCGUCUGGACGAGCGUGCAGUCGGGCACGAUGUUGGUGCUGUAUCAGGCGCUGCUGCGGUGGUUUGAGAAGCAUCCGCUUGUGGCGAGGGAGGCGGAUUUGGGGUUGUAUCGCUAG